AAAAGAAAUCCAGUACACCGCUGGGCCACUGCCAAUCUCAUUUGGUGAUCGAGUGAGGCAUACGCGCGCCUAAACACCGAGGGUAUAGGAAGUGUCGCAGCCCCCGCAAAUAUACCCCACCAGUGAGCACAAACGGUAUCGACAUCAUUGUAAUCAUCAUCAUCAUAUUCAUCAGCAUCAUCAUAGAACGCGCACAGAAGCUCGUGGAGUAUCAGAGCAUCUCCUGCGCACAAUUUGUUUUGCGCUGAAUUACGGGGAUAUUACUAAUGUGGGUUGCUCUAUUUUGUUCCUUACAGAUUUAUUCUGGCCGUAACCGGUAAGGGUGAUCAUGAUUACUCAGUGAUGCUGAUGAUGAUUACUAAGUGAUGAUAUUCUUAUAACAGAGUUUGAGGACGCCUGCUCCUAUGUGUUUAAAUGUGAUUUACGCUAUUGUUUCAGGACCAGCUCAGCAGUCUUGGGAAAGUUGCUUGCUCUUACCCACUUCGCGUGAUGUAUACUAAAAUUGUCAUGUGUCAAACAUUGUACUUGCAGCGUCUGCCGCAGUCAAUUUAGUCAAUGAGGCAACGCCCUAGCGUGAUAUGUCUCUAUUUCUGCUAACGAACAUUCUUGCAACCGCUACCAUUACCGCCACCACAAUUGCCACCACCACCACCUCACCAUAUGUGUGUCGCUUCGCCUGUGUGCUUCUUGUAUGAAAUUUGCUUUCGGUGCACCCAUUAUAGUGCAAAGUGUAUUGUGUUGCUUGAAAGCACUUCAAGACGAAGAGAUCACCUAUCCGACACCCGCGCCUGCCAGGACCACCUCAAGGACUCCCCGCGCUAUUACCACCACUACAACGACAACUACCACGACAACUACCACGACAACCACCACGACAACUACCACGACAACUACACGUCUUCCCAAAAGAAUACUCUUUUGCAUCAAGGAUGAACCAAGCAAAGAGUUGCCAGACGGCCUGUGCACCUUCUCCGUGUUCUCAAACAAUCCGGCUCACUCGGUGCACGACUUCUUUAUGGGCACUCAUUCCACCAUAAAGGAAUGGUUUCCACUGGCCGAUAAGGCCACCGUAACCAAGUUUGGCGUCAACAUUGUAAAACGCACGUUCUCGGAGACCAAGACGGUUAUAACGGAUGAAAAUGACGCCCUACGAAGCUUGUGGCUUAAGAAAAUUCGCAGUUUCGGUGUACUGGACACUGAGAUCACACCAACUACAGAUAAAAAGGAGAUAUCAGACGUCGUCGACGUAAUGAAGAUGAUCCAGAUUCGAUUGAAACGUUACGACACGGACGGAGAUUGCUUCACCUUCAUUGGGGUGGCUCCGCUUUACAAGUCUAAUCGGAACGCCGAUCUCACACAGCGUUUCUACGAGUUGAUUCAGGGAACGAACCCGGACGUCGUCUUAUUUCGUACGACCUACUUAAAGGUGACGAAGGGUCGGACAUACGCUGGACCAUCGGUGUGGGAGGAUAUCAACGCCGUGGACCAGCCGAACUUUGUGGACUCUCUGAAGCUGAGAAACUCCGUGACUUUACCUCCACACACGAGGGAGCUCCUUUCCCUGUCGGUGGCCAGCAUAGGCGUGAUUUACCAAAGAAAAAUUGACAUCGUGGAUGAUCUCGACGGUGCUAAGGCAGCAGACUUAAAGCAGCGGAUUCCGACCCGAGAAGUGGGCUGUACACCGGAGUAUAAACAGGGUUUCAUCAGUUAUGAUGACAAAAGACUACAACACUGCCUGUUCAUCGACGGUGCCGAUUUUGUUUGGUACUUCGAAUCAGGCAAUACUGUAUCCAGAAAGAUGUGCCAGGCUUCCGUGACUUUUCACUACACCGGCGGAUGGGCCGCGUAUGAGAUAGACACUAUGCUUCAAAAGAAUAAGGAAUGUGGUUGGGACAAGCAGUACGACGGCAUGAGACCAUUGCUCAUCAUCCAGGAGAAGAUGGUCACGCAAUGGAAGGACUGCAACGCUUUGGGAAGAUGAUGCAGUCCGUCGGCUAUCUUUUUUUUUUUUUUGGUACCAGUGUACGACAAAAGAGAUAUAGUUUACUUGUUUACAGUACUAAGGACAUUGUUCAGUGUCCUUCACUUAGUAGGU